AUGGAGGUUUUGAACACCACUGGCACGCGCGCGAAGAUCUUGCAGGCGAUCCCCGUGGUGCACCCCCAGAACGGCGAGACCGUGGCUCUGCAGCUGCUGCUCUCAGGGCUGGAAAUCGUGCAGCUGGAGAAGGUCUUGAAUAAAGGCCCCCCGCUGCAGGUGCAGAUUGCCCAGGUCGCGUAUGAGGAUGAUGGCCAGGACCAGGAGAUGUUGAAGGCCACGGUGAAGGAGACCAUGCAGACCGUGAAGGACAUCAUGAAGGUGAACCCUAGUUUUCGGGAGUACGCGGCCAUGAUCAACCAGCAGUACGAGCGCAUGAUGCAGGUGAACCCCCACAUGGUGGCGCACUUCGCAGCCAGCAUGACCACCGCGGAGGCCCAGGAGCUUCAGAAGGUCCUUGAGGCGACAAACGCGCAGGACAAGCUGAGGAUCGCCCUGGAGCUUUUGAAGAAGGAGCUGGAGCUAUCCAAGCUGCAGCAGAAGAUCGCCAAUCAGAUCGAGGAGAAGAUGUCCAAGCACCAGCGGGAGUUCAUGCUGAGGGAGCAGUUGAAACAAAUCAAGAAGGAGCUGGGCAUUGACAAAGACGACGGCUCGGACACAUUGCUCCAGAAAUUCAAGGAGCGGCUAGAGGGGAAGACCUUGCCCAAGGAGGUCCAGGAGGCGAUCGACUCGGAGGUGGACAAGUUCUCCAACCUUGCGAAGGAGUCCCAGGAGUAUCAGAUUACCCGGAACUACUUGGACUGGCUCACGGGCAUGCCCUGGGGCGUGUACAGCAAGGACACUUUCGACCUGAAGAAGGCGCGGGAGAUUUUGGACCGGGACCACUACGGCCUGUCCGACAUCAAGGACCGCAUCAGGGAGUUCAUCGCGGUGGGUGUUCUGAAGGGGUCGAUGCAAGGAAAGAUCCUUUGCUUCGUGGGGCCGCCUGGUGUGGGCAAAACCUCCAUCGGCAAGUCCAUCGCAGAGGCCUUGGGCCGGGAGUUCCACCGCUUCUCCGUGGGGGGCUUGUACGACGUGGCUGAGAUCAAGGGCCACCGCCGGACCUACGUGGGCGCGAUGCCCGGAAAGGUGAUCCAAUGUCUCAAGAAGCUUCAGACCUCGAACCCUCUGAUCCUCAUUGACGAGGUGGACAAGAUCGGGCGGGGCCAUCAGGGGGACCCCGCCUCCGCGCUGCUGGAGCUGCUGGAUCCGUCGCAGAACUUCGCCUUCAAUGAUCACUAUCUGGAUGUUCCGGUGGACUGCAGCAACAUCCUCUUCGUGUGCACCGCGAACGUCCUGGACACCAUUCCCGGGCCCUUGCUCGACCGCAUGGAGGUGAUCCGGCUCACAGGCUACGACCUGCAAGAGAAGAUGAAGAUCGCAGAGGACUACCUGGUGCCAACCGCUUUGGAGCAGGUGGGCUUGAAGAAGCCGGAGGCCGAGGAAGCGAAGGACAAGAGCACGGAGAGCUCCGCGAUCAAGGAAGCCAAGGAGGCCCGGCCGCUGCCAGAAGUCAAGGCAGAGAUCGAGUCCUCCGCUUUGGAGGCGCUGAUCCGGUGGUACUGCCGCGAGGCGGGGGUGCGGAAUUUGCAGAAGCACAUCGAGCGCAUUUGCCGCAAGAUCGCCACCAAGGUGGUGGAGCGCUGGGAGGGCGAGGCAGAGGCCGACGCAGCGGCCGGCGGUGCCGGUGGUGCCAUGGAGAUCCGAGUCGACGAGGCGGCGCUCAGCGACUAUGUGGGGAAGCCGGUCUUCACCUCGGAUCGCCUCUACGAGGACGAGCUGCCGCCGGGCACCGUCACAGGUCUGGCCUGGACCGCCAUGGGCGGCUCUGUGCUCUACAUCGAAGCCACAGCACUGCCCCGCCGCAAGAAGCCGGACGGAGACGCUGCUGGCGGGCCGAGUGUGGCUGUGCCGCCCACACUGGCUGUGACGGGGCAGCUGGGGAGCGUGAUGAAGGAGUCUUCGCAGAUUGCUCUGCUCGUGGCGCGGCGCCAGCUGGCCACAAGGCAGGCCAGCGGCUUCUUCGAGGAGCACGAGCUCUUCCUGCACUGCCCGGAGGGUGCCACGCCCAAGGACGGGCCAUCAGCUGGCGUCACCAUGACGACCGCGCUGCUUUCUGUGGCCAUGGACAAGCCCAUCCCCACAGACCUUGCCAUGACGGGCGAGGUCUCCCUCAACGGCAAGGUGCUGGCAGUGGGCGGCAUCAAGGAGAAAACCAUCGCGGCCCGGCGCGCGGGAUGCAAGACGCUGGUCUUUCCGGCCGCCAACCGCCGCGACUUUGACGAGCUGCCCAAGUAUUUGCAGGAGGACCUUGAGGUGCACUUCGCGAGCCACUUCAAUGAGGUCUUUGAUAUCGCCUUCAGAGCCAUGCAGCUCUUCGUCCGCGAGGUCACGGGGGCCAGCCUCUCCGUGGCCGCGGAUGGCUUCGACACCGUGGCCGCCCUGAAGGAAAGGCUCGCCUUGUUGCAAGCCGUUCCUGCAGAUGAGCAGCGACUGCUCUUUGGCGGCCGGAGCCUGUCAGACGCGGAGGUGCUGGCAGCAUGCGGUCUCGAGGAUGAGUCCACCGUCUUCCUCUCCAUGGAUCUGAGCGGUGGCGGCAAGAAGCGCAAGAAGAAGACUUACACCAAGCCCAAGAAGAUCAAGCACAAGAGGAAGAAGGUGAAGCUUUCUGUGCUCAAGUUCUACAAGGUGGACUCCAACGACAAGGUCACCCGUUUGCGUCGGGAGUGCCCGCAAGAGACCUGCGGCAGCGGGGUGUUCAUGGCUAUGCACUUCAACCGCUACUACUGCCCUUAG